AGUUUAGUAAAAGAAUUUGUAAUUAAAGUAUUAUUUAAAUAAACGUUAUAAUAUCAAGCAUAUAUAUCAAAUAUGAGCGGUACAAAUUUUGGAAUAUAUCGACCACCGGCUUCAGCAAAAGUAAACGCUCCUAACAAUAGUAUUACUGGCGGUGAUGAAACAGAUGUCGAUUUUGACGAAAAACUAAGGGCAACACCAGUAUCUAAAUUAAUUCCCAAUGAUGAUGAUGUAACUACGGAUGAUCUUAAAAAAGAACAAGUAAAAUUGCAAGAUGUUGCGCUAACUUUAGGGGAAUAUACUCCAACUUUGCCAGAUUCUAUUACGAAUUACUAUUUGCACACUGCCGGUCUCAAUAAUAUUGACGUCCGCGUUACGCGACUGGCUUCAGUAGCUGCAUUGAAACAUGUUGCUGAUAUCGUGGAGUUGAUAGUUACCGAAGCUGAAAAUAAGCAAACUGAUGAGCAAAAAGUAACUAAAGUGUCAAUGGAUUUACUUAAAUCUGCUCUUGAACAUUUUGGAAUAACACCUUUGCAUACGCUAAACAACAGUGGUCCAAUUUGAAAAAAAAUUUAAAGUUUCAUCACCUAUUCUCCACUUCUAACAUUGAUGCCGUCAUCCAUUUUCAUUCUAAAAUUUUUUGUUGAUAAGUUGCCAAAACCGAAAAUAAGAUACUUUUGUAGAAAGUAAAUUAGCUAAUAAUUAGUUAAUUAUAAUAAACGUUUUUCGUUUAUAUAUUAAUAGUAAUUGAUUUAUUAUGUUG